CUGAAAUACACGUACUCCAUUCUGCGACAGAUCUCACGAUCGGGCCAACCUCAAAUUCUUUGCGCCAUUCGUCACAUCCACACCCCUUUCGAACUGUUUUAAGUAACUGGACUGAAGCGAUUUACAUAUGGCUUCUAACGGGUCCCUGCGGAAUGUCUCCAGCAAGAGCGGGUCCGCAUUGCCAAAGUACGGGCUAAUUGUCAAGGGCAAAAAGGACCCUCCAGCGAACACAAUUGCAAACACUGGUGCUUCUGGUACAAAGUUUACUCUCGGCAAGAAGCUCUCGCGAGCAAAGGUAUUUGAGGCACCAGAUUCCGAUAGUGAUCAAGAACAGGAAGACGAAUCGAUCACUAGCUUCUCUGCAAGCGCUGGUGGAAGAACGGAUGAGCAAAAGCGAGUAAAUAAGGAAUUGAGGGCAGUGCAGGCGCAAAGGUCACGGCUUGCAGAAGAGGAGCAUAAGAAAGCGUUAGAGGAAGACCCUAGUGUGUUUGACUAUGAUGCUGUGUAUGAUGACCUGAAAAGAGCAGAGUUGGAGAAGAAGAAAAGCAAAGACAAUCCCGACGGCGGGAUUGUUAAGAAGCCACGGUACAUGGCCGCCCUCAUCAAAGCCUCCGCUAAACGCAAAAUCGAAUUGGAACGAGCAGAGUUGCGUAAAGUCCAACGAGAACGAGAAGAAGAAGGCGAGCAAUUUGGAGACAAGGAAAAAUUUGUUACAGGAGCAUACAAACAACAAGUAGCAGAGCUGAAGCGGAUAGAGGAGGAAGAAAAGCGACGAGAAGCAUUGGAAAGGGAUGUCACAAAGGGGGGAGAUAUGACGGCGUUUUAUCGAGAUAUCUUGAAUCAGAGUGAUCGGGAUCCUCUGGUCAUUAAUCCAAAGACGAACAAGGAUGACACGCCACAGGAAGAGGUAGAGGAGAUGGACAUUCAAGAUGAUACGCUAAAAAAGGAGGCAAUACGGAAAGGUCUUGUUCAACUGAACGAUUCAGAGGAAGUGGUCGACAAGCGGCAACUUUUGUCAGGAGGUCUCAAUUUGACAUCACGAACUGUCAAACGACAAGCGCAAGAGCGGGAGGAACGGGAGCGGGAAGCACGCCAGUAUGCAGCUAAGAAAGCGGAGGAGGAAAGGGCCCGGUUGAUGGAGAGACGAGCAGCCAAAGAGCAGCAAGCGAGAGCACGAGAGCUGGUACUACGACAGCAACAGGAGAAGGAGGAAGAAGAUCGUAAAAGAAAGGAAAGGGAGCAAGAGGAACUCGCUCGCAAGCUGGCAAGAAAGACCACGGACGAGACAGUAUCCGAUGCUCGAGCGAGAUAUCUGGCAAGAAAAAAGGCACAAGCACAGCAACCAGAAGAAGAUUCAGACUAGCACUUUCAUUUAUUCAAAUAUUUUUUGGGGAGAUUUUUAUAAAUAGCAAUGGAUGAUGAAUCCUGGAA